AAACCACGUGAUUCAGCUUUUCACAUGCGUGUGUAGCAGCUGGCAUGAUUUCUCUGCACUAGUCUGUAGUUUUGUAUUUUAGCGUAAAGCUAUCUCGUUCAGUUGAAACAUGUCAGGCAAAUCGGAAUUAAAGAUCAACCCUCAGUUCGCACAGAAAUAUGACAAAUACCGACAGAGAGAAGAAUUACAGAGGCUGAAGGACCGAUACGGAGACCAAGCCGAUAACAGUGACUCUGAGUCGUCUGAGUCCAGCUCUGAUGACAGUGAAGUGGAGCUCGACCCCGAGGUUGAAAGGGAUUUUUACAGAACAUUGUCAUUGCUGAAGAAGAAAGACCCGAAGAUCUAUGAGAAAGAUGCAAAGUUUUACUCAGAAGGUGAUGGUGCAUCCACCAGUGACGAGAAACCAUCAACCUCAAAGAAAGCAGUGAAGCCCAUGUAUCUCAAGGACUAUGAACGAAAAGUCAUCCUGGAAAAAGAAGGUAAAUAUGAAGAUGAUGAUGACAGCGAUGAUGAAGAAGCUGCUAAGAGGAGAGAGAGAGCAGCCUCUCCCAGCUACAUUCAAGAGCAGAGGGAGCUAAAGGAAAGUUUCCGAAAGUUCGUCCAGGACAGCGAUGACGAGGACGAGGGCAGCAAGGACGGGGGAGGAUCCCAGCUGCUGACCAGGAGGAUCAAGACACAGGAGGAGAAGGAUAAAGAAGAAGCAGACUAUGUGGAAUGGCUGAAGGGCCAGGCUGAGUUGGAAGGUCCGGAGGAGGUGAAGGACAUGAAAUACCUGAGGGACUACUGGAAUGACCCAGAGCUGGAUGAGAAGGAGCGCUUCCUCAGAGAUUACGUCCUUAACAAGGGUUACCUAGAUGAUGACGACGAUGAUGAUGAACGAAUCCCAACCUACGACGAGGUGGUCCAGGAUGAUGUGGAGGACUCUGAAGAGGAAGGGGAGACUUUCUUGGAGCGGCAGGAAGACUUCGAGAGAAGCUACAACUUCCGCUUUGAAGAGCCUGACGCUCAGCAGAUCAAGACCUACCCCCGCAACAUCGCCACCUCUGUGCGCUCCAAAGACGACCGCAGAAAACGCAAAAGGGAGGAGGUGAAAGAAAGGAAGCAAAAGGAGAAAGAGCAGAAGCGGGAGCAGCUGAAGCAGCUAAAGAACUUAAAACGCAAUGAGAUCGUGGAAAAGCUGAAGAAGCUUCAGGAGCUGACCGGCAACGAGCAGCUCGCCUUCAGUCAGGUAGACCUGGAGGGAGACUUUGAUCCACAGCAGCAUGACCAGCUCAUGCAGAAAUUCUUUGGAGAUGAAUACUAUGGAGAGGAAGAAGAUGAAAAGCCUCAGUUUGAUGAUGAUGAUGAACUUGAGGAGCACUGGAACUGGGACACGUGGACGGGAGAGGGACAAGAGGAUGACUAUAGAGAAGAGGAAGAUGACUACAAUGGAGAGGAAUAUGAAGCCUCUGGGCCACACUGUGAAGAUGAAAACUUCAUUAUGGAUGCAGACUACGACCCCAACCAGCAGACUGCCUCCAAGAAGAAGAAGAAAAAGGAGAGGAAGAAGAUGAAGAAAGAGGAUAUACCACAGAUGGGCAAAAAGAGAAAGAAGUCUUACUUUGCAGAGGUCAUCACCAAGAACAAGCCUGUGUUUGAUCCUCAGGAGAAAAGCUUUGAGAAGUAUUUGGAUGAGUACUAUAAGCUGGACUAUGAGGACAUCAUAGACGACCUCCCAUGCAGGUUUCGCUACAGGCAGGUUCUGCCCAACGACUUUGGCCUGAGCACUGAUGAGAUUUUGAAUGCUGACGACAAGGAGCUUAACCGAUGGUGCUCUCUGAAGAAGACCUGCAUGUUCAGGUCUGAGAAAGAAGAAAUGAGCGAUUUGAAAAAUUAUAAAAUCAAGGCCCAAAAUGAAAGGAAGAAGAAAGAAAUCCUCUGCUCUGUAUAUUCUGAAGAAGAUAAAGAGUUGGCAGAGGCUAAAACCAAGGUGGGGAAGAAGAGGAGAGAUCGUCUGAAGAACGCAGAGAAGCAAAGCAGAGAAGCCGAGGACGGUGACACAGCCGCCAUCGUGGACUCUACAGGCGAGACACUUGCCCAAGCUCUUAGAGAGGCAGGGGAAGAGGAGGAGGAAGAGGUUUUGAUACCCAAGAAAAAGAAGAUGAAACACGAAGAGGAACCCCAGAUUACUGCUGAUGAAGUGGCAGAUAAAGAUGAUGAGGUAGAGAACAGGACUGAGAGGCCAAAAUGGGCCAAGAAGAAACACAAGCGUUCAGGUGGACGCCUCAUAUCAGGAAGCCUCGGGGUGAGAAUAGGCGGCCGGGAUUUCAGUCGACAGAGACUGAAGGCGUACGGUCUGAACCCGAAGAGACUGUACUUCAGACAGAUCGGCAGACAGAAACGAAAAGCACAGGAGAAGAAAGAAAAGCAGAAAAACAAGGAGUGAUUAAGCUACUAUCUUAGCAAAAUCUGUUGAUUUUUAAUGGUCCAAGAAUUAAAUGCAAUAUGAAGAAUCGGUUAACUUUUCUGUUGUUUUAUGGUCUCACAUUGACCUUUAGAUUUCUACAAAAAAAACUUAAAAGGUUGUUUUAAAAAAAAAAAAAAAAAAAAAAAAAAACCUGUAACAUUUACAAUUGAGUAUACAGUUAGCUCCUCACCAAAAGCCCAGUGUGAGGCCAGUAUGGAGCUGAACCCAUUUUCUCUUGCUGUGUUUAUAUUGUUGUACAUUAAUAUUUCAAACUGUAAUAAACAUGCAGUUAAACUUUGAUCUGUGUGUUUUUAGACAUGGUGGUGUAAUAAAGUUUACUGGUGAAGUAAAAAAA